AAUUUGUUUGUCGUUGUUUGACGGCUGGUGUCGGUCGCCAUUUUCUAUAAUGGCGGCGAGUAGUGCGACAUCUAUCUCGACUUUAGUGUCAUCGCUAACUCGCGUAGCGUACGGACGUCGCGGUUUCUCAUCGUUUCUUAUUGUUUGAUAUAUAAUCAUAGAAAAAUGACAACGGAAAUUGUUCCAAAUACUGAAAAAAUGAUAAAUAAAACUGUUAACUCGUUAUAAAAUGCGUAGUGGCCGUAGCAGGUUAUAAUACACGACUAUUAUGUAGUAAAAUAAUGAAUUUCACACACCGCCGCAGUCUUGAGUUCGAAUUGUAGUGAACUGUGUUGUGGAAUCGAUUUUUAGGUGUUAUUAAUGAAAUUACGAAGGUGCUUGUGGUUAUAUUGUUACAUAAAAGAUCCUGUUGGUUUGGACAACGAUUCACGAGCUUUACUAUUGUGGAGGCCCGACUCGCGUAGAAUCGAUAUAACUUAAUAAAAAAUGCAUAUUUUCCCUAUGGUUUCAUAAAGGCUCGGGUCAAUAUCGUACCGGUUAUUGCAAUACGAAUGUUUUUUUUAAUAAACAACGUGUUUCCGGAGGCAGUUUAAGUGAUUUUAUUUUAGUGAAUAGUGUUUGUACUGGAAUAUUUGUUGUGCAUUCAAGUUUUCAAUACAUCAAAAGCAGGUCCCGGCGAAUGUGUUCGCCCCGCAGGACUAACCGUUAUGUGAUAGUGCCCUUACCGUCGGCCAUUUUGUAACCAUGGCCGCCAUCUUGAGCGCGGCGCUGCUGCUCGCGUUCGCUGUCUAUUCCACACAAGGCGGAGGCUGCACGUUCCCUGAAUCCUGGACGGGCGCCUGGUUCCAGUCCGGAGUUCCGGGCCUCGUGUCGAUCAACCAGACACACAUACAGUCUAAAGGAGAGUGCUCCGAGACGGAGAGCUAUGACAAAUUCCUGUUAUAUGACAGGAGUGACGACUGCUACAGAUGUAUGGUGAUACACGAAAAGCACAGAUAUGUGUUGCAGUAUAAAGAAACAUACUGCUCACCAAAAGAGACCCUGUCGUCGCUCUGCGACACAAUCACAGGCGACGCCGCACUAUACUCCAUGUUCCGCAAGGACCCCGCGCCCACGCCGCAGCCCUGCCCGUUCAGACCCGCGCCGUUCACGUUUACAUAUAACCGCGGCGCAGGGGACUGCACGAACCCGCCAUCCCGAGCCGAGUCGUGUACGGACGACUCGCGGCUGCUUCUGCGGUAUAUGGCAUGCCCGGACGUCCAGGCCACUGAGAGUAAUGUGGAGGAGCUAGUGUGCUUAGCGACGUGGAAGGAAGGCUCCACGAGAUACUUGGUGGGGAAGAUAUCGCAAGUACAGCGUCGGAACGCUUUGGCCUCCGACGAAGACACAUACAGAUGCUUCAUCUAUAAAGGCCAGCACAGCGACAAAACUAUGACGUACUACAUCGCCCAGUCCGGAGAUGCAACCUGCAAUGGUCUAUCGUCACCAACUGACGGCAGUCGAACCAUGAGGCUGACUAACAGUGAUGACGAGCACAACCGGUGCCACUUCCCAAGUUGGAUAGUGGACCACCACAAGUGGUACAGUUUGGACCACACCCAUCAGUACCAUUUUACAACCAAGAAUGCCACGCUGAAGAUAGCGAACGCGGAUGGACAGUUGGAAGAGAAGCGGUUGGUCUGCCACUCCAUCUUGGAACAGAAGGAGAAGAAGCAUAUAAAGCUGGUCGCACACGUCACUAAGGGAUGUGAAUCCGGGCACGUGUGUCUCGUGUUCCACCGGCGCUCCGCCCACGUGCUGGAGCUGCGCUCGGGCUCCGGGCUGUGGGAGUCCCCGCAGGACGCCUGCGCCGAGCCUGAUCACGACCCAUCCAUCACACUCAUCACGACCUCUUUGACUCCGGAACGGUGUCCUAUCUUCGGCCGGUACAGUGUGGUCAGCUCUUUAGCUGACUCAAGGCGGAGGCGGCAACAGAUGACCAUAGGAGACGCUGAAAGCACGGAGAUUGAACCGAAAUGCGUUCCUGGCGUAUACGACAGCGCUAGUAUAGGUUGCGGCGCGGCUCAAGACAGUAUCGAGUUCAAGUCCGCUUGCCCCAGUACUGUGUAUACUUGCUACGGUAGCUGGCAGUCCGGCGCCACCGGCUACGUGGUAGCGGCGCCAGCGCAGCCGCGGAGCACGCGCCUGCGCACAGUCUGCAUCGUUUACGAGCACCACAAUAACAACGAGACCCACGGAGGCACGCUGUCUUUGAGCAUCGUAUCGCACUCGUGUGAUCGCUCGGCGUCGCCCGGACCGCCUGACAGGGCCUACAAUCUGACACUCAAUGGUACGUGUGAGCAGAGCAGCAAGUACAACAGCCUCGCGGAGCGCCUCGCGCCCGCUACGCUCCUGCUCGCGCUCGCGCUCGCUGUCAGAUGAUACGGAGGCCGCUAGAGGCCCAAGGGGAGUUCUAUUAACCUACUUCAUGUCUAAACUACAAACUGAUUACCGACCUUAUUUGCAAUGACAUAAGGUCCAAUUUGUCAGUUGUAAAUGUGGCAGUUUUGAAAAUUUAUAAGUUUUAAGGUGGUCACAAUUUCGUAAACCUUAAAGCAAACACGUAAGGUGAAAAUGGUCAGUUGGAACUGACUUUUCGUACACCUGGUCAGUAACUGACCAAUUGUAAACCUAAUUCCAAAGACAAGAGCUGGCGUUGGUCAGUUUCAGUUAUAACUGACAUUUUGUAAACUUACCUAUUACAGUCGCCAACAGAUAUAUCGGAGCGGCCAAGGUGUUCACAAUAUCUGAACACGCACUGUAACGCCUUGACAGUAGAGGCGUGCUCAGAUAUUUGUGAGCACCUUGGCCGCUCCGAUAUAUCUGAUGGCGACUGUACAAAGAUUCAGAUAGUCAGAUAACAGUUGGUACACAAAGAUUGGUAGAACGGGCAGAUUGGAAACCUAGCAGUGGGAAGAUACUCCUGACUUCGGGCAAGCAAUGUAUGGUGAAUUCAAUAUCAGGCGACAAUUGUCAGCGUAGUUUCGAACAAGGUUUUUUUUCGUAACGGGUUACGAACGGAGAAUAAAACGGAAAACUAAAUAAUUAUUAUACAUGAACAUAAUAUCUGCCUGAUAUCUUACAAAACAAAAAUGCUGAUAUAUUCUAUGAAUCUUUGUGUAAAUGUAUUUUAAUAGAACUCCUUUCUAAUGUACCUAUGUGACACUAAAAUACUUGUAGGUAACAAGUAGAUUGCUUUUUGUGAUAAUGUUACUUUUGUUUUCGGCAGCUAUUUUCGGGCAGGUUUUUUUUUACUUUUAUUUAUGGUUCUGAAGCUAUUCUGUUUAAGAUUAAUGUUUUUCGGGAACUUUAUUUUUUGAUUAAGAAUAAUCGGAUAUUUUGACAUAUUUCGAAAUUUUUAAAAACUUUUUGAUAUUGUAUGUACCUUCGUUAUUUACAAUACUCAUUAAACUGUAUUAGUUAAGAAUUAAUUGUAAAUAAAUUAAUUGUAAACAAAGCUUCCGAACCAUACAUGUUUUUCUUAGGUAUUUAUUUUCUAAUUUAAAUGCUUUUAUUAGUUAUUAUUUUUUCUAUAAAAUAGUCGUUAGGAUAGGCCAAACAAUACAAUGUUGAAAAGAAACGAAGUAAAAGUAAAAUGUGUAAAUAAAAAUGGUAUAGAAUUUGAUUAAAAAGCGAUUUUUAAAUAAUGUUACUUACGGAAUUUGUAUCUUAAUGGGAUGUUUUUAUUUUUAAAUUUAGACCAUGUUUGUUCUCGCCUAAUGAAUAAGAAAAAUGUUAAAUAUUUUCAAAUUUUUUGCUCAUCACCUACGUAGUUACGAAAAUGUAAUAAUAGUUACGAAAGUGGAAACUUUUCGAAAUAUCAAUUUUAUAUUGAUCACUCACCUGACUCAAUCAAUGUGAUAUUAAAUAUUCAGAGUUUUAACCUUCAAUUAUAGUUUGUUUGACUACGCGAUCUUGAAGUGUUUUAAUUGAAAAAACGCUUUUUAAAAAUCAGUAACUAUGACAUAUGAAAACAAAAAAUGAAAAUAAUCGUAUUUGAUUCAUAAUUGUUACAUAUUUGCCGUGACUUAUUUUUCGUAAGCGAUUUUCAAUAAAAAGACACGUCAAGAUUGUUUACCUUUUUACUAAUGCAAAAAAAAAACGAACAAUAAAUAUGUCUUACUUAAUUGUAUAUUUUUAAUAAGUGCUCAGAAAACGUCCUGCUAUGUAGCAAACAACCAAAUUUAAUUUUAAAUGUGAGUGAUACAUCUAUUAUGAUUUAUUAAAAACAAUCGCAUUUAUUGAUGAAACCUUUGAAAAGUUAGUUAAAAAGUUAUAGGCGAGAACAAAACAAGAUGUAAUUAUACUAUAGUAUCAUUUAUUUAUAGACAAAAACGCUUUAAGUAUACACUUUGUACUGUAUGCUUGGUAUAUCGAGAGGCAGAUGUUAUAUCGGUGUCUUAUCAUGUCUUUUAUCGAAAGAUAUCUUGUCAGCGGCAAAAUAAGAGACAUGAAGACUGUUGUUCAAAUGUCGUACUGUUUUGAAACAUUUGUGCUGUUAUUACGAGGAAAAUUGUAUUUUAUAUAGAAAGGCAUUAUAUUAGUGUCAAUUAUAAGCUGUUUAAACAAUUUUAGUUUAAAAAAAACUUUGUUGGGAAUUAGAAAUGCACGAGAAGCAAGGUUGUUUCUCUGACGAAAUGAAAAAAAAAAAAUGGUUUUUGUUAAAUGUUUCUUUAGGUACUGCUCUAAUCAGUUUCCUUGAUAUUUUCCACUUUUGCCAUUAACUUUCAGACAUGUUUCGAUAUGGUGCGACAUUUCGAGUGAUGAAAAUCGUGCAUAUUGAUUUAAGUGUAAUAUAAAUUAGAUAGGCAUAAAUUUAGAGAAAUUAUGCUCAGAAGGAAGACCGUGGUUUGUUUAUUUAUUGAAACGUCCGUAAAAUGUUUUGUGCGUCCAUAAACUACGUAGACGGGCACAGUUUGAAACUUCUAGAUAUUAUGUUUUUUUUUUAAUGGAAAUUAUGUAAUAAUUCCUUGCCAUAUUACAAAAUUACGAAAGUAUAUAGUUAGUUACGAAACUGUUUUUUUUUAAAUUUUGGAUACAUUUUUCUAUUAACAAAAAAGAAGUUAUAAUGUUCUAUACAGCAAUCAGUGUUAACAAAUCAAAGAGUGCCCGUCAUUAGGCUUAACGCAAUUAUUAUUUUAGAAGAAAAACAGCGUAGAAGUGGCUUUUUUGGUUUAAAAAAAUGAGCUUUUCAAUCAAACGCUCGAUACUCCUAAAAUGCCACUUUUGUCUUGUCCUUUUAAAAUCUGGUUUUCAGAAAGAAUUCUUAAAAUAAUUGAGUCUCGAAGAUCAUAUGAAAAUAUGACAUAACCAUCAGUAUAUGUGUCAUGUUAAACCAAUGACCAUUUAUUGUGCAGAAUUCAGUUAAAAUACCCAUUUAAUGGAAUUGUAUACAUUCUAUGGCAUUUUAAACAAAUAAACGAUUGAUUGAUUGAUUAUUCACUGAUCUUCUCUUAGUGUUUUUAAUACAUAUAACUGUUCUUUUGACAUUUACUCGUAACAUUUUUUGUGUUCAUAAAAAGACACCGGGAAGGCCUGAAAAUGUAAGAAUAUUUAAAUGCGUUAAAAUCACUAUGUCGACAAAACAAAUGGCUCAAAAACAAUAAUAAUUAAUUGCAAUUGUUAUAUUAUUACUGUUUAAAAGAAUUCAAGAAGAAAACCAGAUACUAUCAGCUAUUAUUAGAGGCUUUAGACUUAUAAUUUACCAGUUUUUUUUUACAACCAGUGCUUUUCCUCGUGAAUCUUGACCAAUAGUAGUUAAAAGUAUACCUAUUUGCUCAUAAUUAACAAAAAAUAGCGCGGAAUUUUAUUUGUGAUAAAGAAAAUAUUAUAAGAGAAAAUGUGUAAAUAUUGUCUAGACUCAAGUUCCUCACUUUUGUUUGUCUGACUCUGAUUUUUGUGAUACUCUGAGUUUUGGUUGGUUAGGUUUAAGUUUGGCCUUUGGCCGCCACAACUACUCUUUAGCUCGGUACAAAUAAUUUAGUUAUGUACUUCUUAUUCUAUCGCAUUUUUGACUACCGACAACAUCUCAUCAACAGUUACGAAAGUUACGAAAGUGGAAAUAAUUUGUAUUCGUAACUCUGUUAAAAUUCUUCAAAGGAUACUUUAAUGUAAAAUGUACUAACUUUAUGUUUUUAGUAAUGCCUUUGAAAUAUUUGAAAUCAAUAAAUCAAAAUAAAGUAUGGCGGCCGAAGGUUGGAAUUGACGAUGUCUGUGCUUGCCUACAAUGAACCUAUUAUUUUAAAAGAAAGAUUUAAAAUAUAAAUAUGUAGCCGAAAAGACUAUUGUACAUAAAACUAGCUGGAUAACUUAUAUAACUAUACAUACAAUCAUAUUUUAUAAGUAUAAACACAUUUUUAAAAUAAACUACAGGACAAAAGUAUUAAUUUAAAAAAAUAACCGACGAUAAUAAAUAGUGAUAGAUUUAUGAAUAGAUUUAAAGAAGCGGUCUUUAACAUUUUCGUUAAAAAAGUGCACAUUAAAAAGUAAAACACUGUAGCACUUAAGACGUUUUUUUAAACAAAUUUACAAUGUGAAUAAAACGCACUAAGGAUUUAUGUAAAAAAAUAUGAUGUAAUACUCUAUGGGAUUGUAAUUUAUUGGCAUGUAAAUAUUUUGUUUUUUCGGGCUAAAUGUGGUUUCUUCGCUGUUUUGUGUAUUUAAAAAAACGCCUCAAACAACUGAGAAGCAUCGCCAAUAAAAUACCUUUUUCUGGCGGCUGUUUUUUUUAAACAAUUACGGUCUAGAUGCUAGUCCUUUAAGCCAUCUGACAGCUGUCAUCGGAGGCGUUUAUCAGUUGUCUAAGUGCGUUAGGCGUUUUUCCUUCGCCAACUGUAUAGAACGUUUUGCUAAUCCGGAUCCCCGCAUUCGCCAUUUUGGAAAACUUCACGAGAAGAGAUACGAUUUGUAACUAUUACCGUGUAAGCCUAUUAUUAUAUUUUGAUUACUGAAAUAUAUUUGAAAAUCAA